AUGGGCACAAGCCCGAACUUAUCCUUCUUCCCCGGCAAUCACUGGCUCUACUUCUCCGUGUACCUCUUCACCUUCCUCGUGGGGCUCCCCCUCAACGUGGUGGCCCUGGUGAUCUUCGUGGGCAAGCUGCGGCGGCGCCCAGUGGCCGUGGACGUGCUCUUGCUCAACCUCACCCUCUCAGACCUGCUCCUGCUGCUCUUCCUGCCGUUCCGCAUGGUGGAGGCUGCCAAUGACAUGCGCUGGCCCCUGCCCUUCAUCUUCUGUCCCCUCUCCGGAUUCCUCUUCUUCACCACCAUCUAUCUGACCUCCCUCUUCCUGGCAGCUGUAAGCAUCGAGCGCUUCCUGAGCGUGGCCUAUCCGCUAUGGUACAAGGCCCGGCCCAGGCCUGGACAGGCCGGCCUGGUCAGCGGGGCCUGCUGGCUCCUGGCCAGUGCUCACUGCAGCGUGGUCUACAUCAUUGAAUUCUCAGGGAACUCCUCCUACAGCCAGACUAUCAAUAGCACCUGCUACUUGGAAUUCCAGGAGAACCAGCUGGCUAUUCUCCUGCCUGUCAGGCUGGAGAUGGCUGUGGUCCUUUUUGGGGUGCCCCUGCUCAUCACCAGCUACUGCUAUGGCCACCUGGUAUGGGUGCUCAGCAAGGGAGCCAGCUCCCGGAGGUGGAGGAGGGUGGUUGGGCUUGUGGCGGCCACCCUGCUCAACUUCCUCGUCUGCUUUGGGCCCUACAACGUGUCUCAUGUCGUGGGCUACAUCCAGGGUGAAAGCCCGGCGUGGAGAAGUUAUGUGCUGCUUCUUAGCACCCUGAAUUCCUGUGUCGACCCCCUUGUCUACUACUUCUCAUCAUCUGGAUUCCAGGCUGACUUUCACGGGCUGCUGAGAAGGCUGACUGGGGGCUGGGGCCCUUGGAGGCAGGAGGGCAGCGUGAAGCUGAAGGAGAAGAAUGAGGAGGGGCAGCCGCGGGAGCUGUCCCACAUAGAGAACAAGUAG